AUGCCGGCGGGCGGCGGGGCCGCGGCAGCGGCGGUGUCCGCAGGGCUGCUGGGGACGGCGGCGGCCGCCGCGGCGAAGCUGGCGCUGGGGCCGGGCGGGGAGGCGGCCGGAGGCUGGCUGCCUGUGCUGCUUCGCAUUGGCUGUGUUGGCUUGGUGUUUGUGUGCAAUGCGGUGAUGUGGACGAUCUUUGCAAAAGCCCUGCGACUCUCCUCCUCCUCGGCCACUGCCUCUGUGACAACGACGGCCUCCAACUUCAUCUCUUCAGCCAUCCUGGGCAAGCUUCUCUUCGGGGAGACGUGGACGCCUCUGUGGUGGGUCGGCCUCGCCGUGACACUCUGCGGCCUUGUACUGCUGCACACGGCUGCACCCCGGCUGGCGCAGCUCCCAGUGGAGAAGAAGGAGGCAUGAUGGCUGCCAGAGGGGGCAUGGCGCCAU